CUCUCAGCCCAUGUGGAUGUGGGAAUAAUUAAUGGAACAAUUGCGAAACCACACAGCAGACCCUACAUGGUAUCAGUGCAGAAACGUCAUCACGUUUGUGGCGGCUUUCUCGUGGGUGACUCUUUUGUCAUGACUGCAGCCCACUGCUGGGAUAUGGGCGGUGAACUGACAGUUGUGGUAGGUUACCAAGACCUGUCAUCCAGAGAGAGCUGCACUGGCCGUAUGACUGUGAAACGUUACCAUGUCCACCCUGGUUAUGACAGCAGCACUUUGGAAAACGACAUCAUGAUUUUGCAGCUGGAUCAGAAAGUUAAGCUGAUCCCUAAUGCAGUGCAGCCCAUUCCACUGCCUAGAAGAAACGAAGACGUCGCGGCCAGAUCCAGGUGUUCUGUGGCAGGAUGGGGUCGCAUUUCAACAAAUGGACCUAUAUCUUCACGCCUAAGGGAAGCCAAUGUCCAAAUCUUUGAUAGAGAACAGUGUAGACAGCGUUGGGGAGAAUUAAUCACCGAUCACAUGCUCUGUGCUUCUGGAGGAGCAGGAUUUUGCCAGGGGGAUUCUGGAGGUCCUCUGGUGUGUGGGGGGAAAGCAGUGGGCGUGGUGUCAUUCAAUCAGAAGGGUAAUUGUGACAAACCCAUUGUUCCCAAUGUCUACACCAACAUAUCUUCCUUUCUGCCAUGGAUUAACGCCAUCAUUGAAGGAAAUCCAUGA